CAGCGACGCGACGGAAGGGAAGCGCAGGUUCGGGCGGACUCUCGCCCUUCCCGGUAGGUAUCGAUUCUCGCGGCGCGGAGUAUCGAGCUAUCGGCGCGCGGCCUCGCUUCGAGUCGCGAGGGCAGUGACGCGCCGGCGCUCAGCGCGGCAGGACGUGUGGAGGCUGCUGCCUGCGAUGAGGUCGGGUAGAGCCGCGACGUUGGACGGCGGAAGUUAGCGCGUUGAGAGGGCGGAAGGCGCGCCAGCAUGGCCCGGUAGCGACGCCCGCGCGGCCACACGCAGAUGGCGCUGGUGAUGCUCCCGUGCGACAUGCCCUGGUGGCCGCAGCUGCAGAGGCACCUGUCGCAGCUGGCGCUGUGCCGCAGCCCGCAGGAGCUGGCCGAGGCCAUGCACAGGAUACACGCCAUGUGCAACAUCGGUCUGGACCCCGACGAAGACGAGAAACCUGACCCGUCUGUAUUCCAGGGGCUGGCAAGGCACCUGGAGUGCGGCUUGACGGCCGAAGAGACGCGGCGCGCCCUGGAGAAGACGCUGCCCGCCAUGGCGCGGCGCGCUCUGCAGCUGAGGCAGCUCAGGCCUCCCAGGGGCCUGCGCUUCAGCCUGCAGCAGCAAGCUGACCGAGUUGAGAUGGAUAGAAAUUUCUUAGCGUCUCUCCUUGCACACGCAUUUUUCUCUACAUUUCCAAAGCGGACACUAAAGACACACCCAACUCUACAAGAUUUCAAUUUCUCCAGGUUCUUCCAGCAUUUAGACAGCAACUCACAGAAGGCGAAACUCCGCAGUGUUCUGCACUACUUCGAUCUGCUCGAAGAAAGUGACCUUCCCGACGACAAGAUACUGUUCAGUCGACAGGUGAUGGGCAGCAAGGAGUGGCUGACCAUCGAGGACUGGCUGGAGUGCUCGCUGCCGCUGUGUCCGCUCGCCGUGCGGCACGAGGGCCGCGUGGACCGCGCCGACCCCGCCGCCAUGACGGUGUGCUUCUCCACCAGCCGGCUGGGCGGCCGGGUGCUGGACGAGGGCAGCUCCCAGGAGAGCAUCCAGUUCUGCACGCACCCGGAGCUGCUGGCCGCCAUGCAGUUCGUGGAGGCGCUGGAGGACAACGAGGUGCUGAUGGUGCAAGGGGUGCUGCAAGUGGCCAGGAUAUCCGACCCGCACCUCAGGGCUGUCUUCGAGCCGAUACACAAGCCAUCGCCGGUGGCGGUGUGCUGCAUGGACGCGGAGAACUACAUGCGGCUGCCGCUGAGCCAGUUCGAGGAGGACAACGUGCUGCGCGAGCUGAACAAGGCGCUGCUGGCCUUCAGGCAGCAGAGCGAGCCGCCCGCCUCCUCGCCGUCACCGCCCCAGCAGCAGCAGCAGCAGCAGAGCGCGGCCCGGCGCCUGUCGCCCAUCGGCGAGUCGUUCAGCUCGACGCCGUCAGACGCUGACACCUCGCUGCUCGCCGCGCGCAAGGAGUCGUCGCCGACGCCCCGGCAGAAGGGCCUGCUGCGGCCGCCCAGCCCCGCGGACGGCCGGCGGGGUCGCUUCAUCGUGCUGGGGUCGUCUGGGGACAGCCUGCCCGUCACCAGGUCGCCCGUGGCGGGCCGUCACCUCCUGGCGCCGCGCCAGUCCGACUCGGGCGACGAGGAGUUCCACAGCGCCAAGAGCAGCCUGGACGCCGACGAAGACAGCGACGUGCUGCCUCGCCGCUACAGCGCGCAGCUCGACACGCCCGAGCGGCGGUCCACGUUCGCGGCCCGGCUGCGCGAUGCGCUGUGCCACGAGGCUCAGAGCUCCUCCAGCACGGACUCCAGCUACGCCGUCGGCAUCAGCGUGGCGGGCUCGGGGCUCACCGACGGGGACAUCAAGGUGCGGAGGGGCGGCUCGCGGGGGUUCAUGCUGCGGGACGACUCCCUGGACGGGCAGAUGCUGCAGGACUGCCAGCAGCAGGAGUGGCUCGGCCAGUGCCAUGGCGGCCGGCUGGCGCGCCGCGACACCUCCCAGUCCUCGCAGUACAGCUUCAGCGCCGACUACGGCUCAGAGCUGGAGGAGCUCUACGACCAGUACAGCCGCUGGCUGGAGGAUGCCGAGCGCCCAGGGGGCCAGCGGCGCGAGCUCAGCGCCCGCGAGGCGGCCGUUGUUCGCUUCGCCGGCAGCCUGCUCAAGCGCACGCUGAGCGAGUCGUUCGCCGGCGUGCCCGUGGCGGAGCCCCCCAGCCCGGCCUGGGAUGCCGGGCGGGACGCCGGGACCAGGCUGGCGACGGUGGCGCGCUCCCUCAGCCUGGAGCUGGCGCGCCACAAGCACCGGCUGGCCGCGCAGCUGGUGUCGAUGCUGGCGGCGCCCGGGGGUCCCCCCGGCCUGCGUCCCGUCGCCACGGGCAACUGGGGGUGCGGCUCCACCCACGCGGGUGAGCCCCAGCUCAAGGUGGCGCUGCAGUGGCUGGCCGCGAGCGUGGCCGGCGUCCCCUCGCUGCAGUACUACACCUGCGCCCACCGCAAGCUGCUCAAGCUCGACACGGUGUGCCGCGUGCUGCUGGACCGGCGCUGGACCGUGGGCGACCUGGCACGGGCCGUGCUGCGCCACGCACGGACGACGCUGCGAGACGCCUCCGCCGUCACGCUCUUCGACGAGCUGAUCGCAGGAGGAGGAGGAGGCGGCGACAAGGCGGCAGCCGUCUCCCUCCCGGUCCCCGGCGUGUGAUGGACAGCAGCCGGAGCGCCGCGCUUAACCCUGCACAACGACGCACAUCCUGGUUCGAGAGCCAAGCGUGUCCUGCGAGAGAGUCAUCACUGGGGCUUUCUCAUGAACACCACACUUCUCUCUUCCUGUGUAUUGCAAUUUUUUUUUUUUUUUUCAAAAAAAUAAUAACGAAGAAUUGCAGCGCAAAUGCUUAUCUUCUUGUUUCAUUAACACUUACGCAACAACAAAAUACAGAUAUUCCAUUUCACGAUACUUGACAUAAAUUUUUCUGAAGCAAAGGUACCUACUUAAGACAUACAAUAAUACAGUCCGAUUGUUAUUAUUACGCAAUUAACUGUUGUCUCAUCCAGACUAAUUGGCUUCAGGAAAGCCAUCAUCAGCAUCAGGGGCGCAACAACUAAAUUUCCAAAAGGGGGGCAAUAUACCUUUUUAUAAAGAAUCAUGGAUCCCCCCUAUUGAAGCGGGGGGCCCGGGGGUCCUUCCCCUGGAAAAUUUGUAUUUCAAGGUGGAAAAUGGUGCUAUUUAAGCAGUUUUAUUAUCUAAAAAUUUAUUGCACAGCACUUUCUUUGCCCCCGUUUGCCCCCACUUCAAGGUUUCAGAGGGGGGGAAAAAUACCCUUGCCCCCCCCCCCCCCCUGUUAUUGCGCCCCUGCCAGCAUCAUUUUUAUUGCGCAAGUAAUAAGGGAGCAUUUUAUCAGAAACACCUGAAUUCAGUUUACAGUAAAUUGCGGCCCACUUCACGGAGAAUAGGGCAGAGAUAAAUUAACUUGUGAAAAUAACGUCUUAAAAGAAAAGACAACACAAAUACCAAAUGAAAUUUUUUUAUUGUUUAGUUAUUUACGCCUACCAUAAUUAUCUUCAAGUAUAACUUUAAAUGAAAGAACUAGUUGAUUUAGUUAAGGCUUUGACAGUCAAAUAAUAAAUAUACUUUAGAAUUUGAAAGGUAUGCCUUAAACAAUCAUUAUAAUAAUUUCCUUUUACCAGUGUUUUGUCAUUUGACAUAAGCAUAAAAUUGAAUAGCCAUUCGUUACUGUCACUUUUUUUAAAAUCAUAAAGCUAUCUUCUAAGUUGAGUACUAUAUAACAUAUCACAAAAAAAAAUGUAUUAGCAAUCAAAUACCCUGCCCAAGAUCAAUGCUUCCACUGCUUUUCAAAGCUGCAAUCAAAAUGUGACUUCGGUAAUUUUUUUUUACUUUCAAGGUAAAGAGACUAGAUGAAAAAUGCAAGUGAGAAGGUUGAGAGAAAUCAAUGUAUUAAAACAAGUGUCUGCUAGCCAAUAUUGUUAUUAAAAUCUAAUUUGUGACUUUGAAGGAAACUUUGAUCAUAACUUCUGAUUAACCUCAGAUAAGUCAAUUAAGGAUUUUUUUUUUAAUAUGGUGGAAAUAUAUCAUGUAUGAAUCAUUGCAAGUUAAAAACAAUGGCCAUAAUUAUUAUAACUAUGCACAUUAUUUAUUUACCAAUAUGUUACUGUUUGAUGACAGACUCACACCUAAGCAACUGCUAUCAAUUAGCUCAAUAGCAUAUCUUUGUGAAUGUAACACACACAAAAUAUCACAUGAAUUGUACGAACCAUGUAUUAUUUUUAAUGUGAAAAAAAAACUCUAUAGUCAUUUAGAUUGCUUUUUGUCAAGUCAGGGAAGGUAUGUAGUGAAAAGUGUCUGCUAGUCUAUUAUUAGUGUCAGCAUUUUAUACAACCGUUUGUAUGUAUUACUCAGAUACUAUAUUUUCUUGCAAUUACACCACUUUUUUGCAAAGCACUAUAAACGUAUAGACGUAGCACUGAUUUUAUUCAAAUAAUUUAAUACAACCUCACUAAAACAAAGUACUAACAUUUUUGCCAGUAGUGCUUAAUAUAAUCUGUACUGUACUUUACUAUACAUAUACAGUACUUUUAUAUAACACAUGUUUACGCGGAUGAGUAAUGCUCACAAUUACCUCGUAGUGAAUAGGAUGUUACUGUAAUCUGUGAAUAUUUUUAACUGAACGUGUAUUUUUAAAAUUUAAUCACGUCUUCCAAACAAUGCAACGAAAAAAUGUACCUUUGUCACACUAGCAGGCAUCAACUUCACAUGAAAUUCAGUCAGCAAGCAAAAUCACAUUUUAGUUCAAUUAUUUUGGUUUAUUCCUUACCUGCAAAAGAUGACUAAACGUACUAAAAAAAUAUAUUUCAAACAAGUAGAACUAUUUAAACCAUUUAAAAGAAAAUUGAAGUCCUAAAAUUUAAAACUUUAUUUUGGACCAACUCUUGUCUAAUCAGAUCAACAAUAGUUGUCUUGAUUUUUUGUAUUAUUUUAAAAGAUAUUUCAAUUUAAAAUUAAUGUAUGAAAUGUUAUAUAAAUACAUAUAUGCAUUUUUGACACAAAUACUGUGCAGAUUUAAAAACAUAAAGUAAAAACAUGAUGGGUACAAAACAACAGGAGGAGGUUGUAAGCAUGGAUAAAAGGGCUGUAAGCAUGGAUAAAAUAUUGAGAAAAAAAAGUUCAAACUAAUCAGUUCAUUCUAAAUUUAUCUCUUCCCCAUCUUACCUCAAGCAACAGCAGUAUAAAUACCACCAGGUGUGCUGACUCAAUGCAACAGUGACAUAAGUAGUCACCUGUCCUAUGAGAAGAGUUAAUUAGCAUCUUUAAGUGCUUCAAAAUUGCAAAAAAAAUUCUCCAUCCUUCAAGUUGGAAGAAACCGACACGUACAUCACUACAUAUGCACAUAUUACCACUUUCUGGGAUUAACUUGUACAACUAUAAUAGUGAUUAAGUGAUAAAUACCCAACAGAACCUGAGUAUGUGGUGUUUAAUUGAAAAUGUCAUAAAUUAAUGUCCAAACUCUUUUACCUGGUGAAAAAAAUGUAUUGCUUGUCUGAUACUUCAUAGAAUCCUGAUGAAGUUAAGGAAAGUUCAGGAAAUAAUAUUAUUCAAUUUUUUUUUUCUACUAGAGCAGCGGAUCCCAAAGGAACCCUGGGUCACUAGGGUUCCGUGAGUCAGGACGAAUGCCAUGUAAAGCAGGCACAAUUAUUGUCAAAUAAAUUUCUUUGAAGGAGUUGGGGUUCCGCCAAAAGGAAAGUCGAUCAUUGGGUUCCCUGGCCAGAAAAAAUUGGGAACCGCUGCUCUAGAGGAUAUUUUGACCAUCCAUCCAGCUAUAAUUUUGUGAGCCUCAAGACGUAAACAACCAAUCACAGUGAAGUGAAGAGAGGUUUGCUGUAAAAACGAAAUAGUAUUACACAUUUGAGUGCAAGCUGUUUUGUACAAUUGCAGACACUGGAAUAAAAAUGUAAACUCAAAUGGGACCUAAUAUAAAUCUGACAGUAUAUCUCUGUAUGAGUUCUUGUAAAAUGAAGUAUAAGAUUGUAGAGAAAAACUUUGAGUUUUUGUUCAAAUGUUUUUUUCAAGUCAAAGAUGAAGAUGAAUCAUUAUAAAAAUCUGUUUUGAGAUAGAAACUGUAAUGUUUAGCACACUUCUACCCUGACCAUAACCUUUAUAACAUUGAAAAAUAAAUCUUUAUAAACUAA